GACCAGGCAAGAAAAUAUGGACAGAGCGAGACCCUAAGUUCCUGGCCGCCCUGUGGAAGGCCAUAGCAGGAACUACGAACAACUAUGUUAUUCACCACUGUAUACUUAUACUAUCCUUCAGCUGACAUUAAAGUGAACAAAACCAAUGAGACUCUGGAAUCAGCCUUCUGUCACGGUAUCCAAGCCCUUGGCAACAUGAAGAAUUAGCUCCCCAAGCAAGGUCAUCAAAUGGUUCACCCAGAACGGCGCAGACUUCGUCGUAGACCUCAUCGCAGGACCUAACCAAAUCGCCGAAAGAACUUUUCCAGAUUACGAACUCCCUUGCAAUGCAGCCGCCUGCAAGGCCAUUUUACAAUGAACACCGCACAGCCUUAGGCCAACAGGUUUGGCUUCGUUUACACUGCGGCUACACCACACCUGCAGCCAACUCUGCCAGCCCAAAGUACAGACAACAAUUCGCCAGACCGUUCACAAUCAAAGACUACCUAGUGGCAUGUCAGGAUCUGACUAGGAACUCCAUCAGUGGUUGUCCAGGGACAAGAUACCACCCAUCAUCGUCCAGGCCCGGCAACGUCCCGCACAACGAUCACCAUCGCCUCACCAUGAAGUCCGAGAAUGUGACCACAGCCUCAGAGGGCGCUAGAAACUCUCUGUCAGACAAGCCCGUGCUCGACAAACACCAGCUCAACGGAGCGACGCCAGAAGCUCCGAGUGCCUCGAAGAAGCGCAAGACUUCCCAGGACACUUAUCUCGUUCAGGACGCAGCAAGUGAAGACGAUGAGGGGGAUCCGUCGAUCUACGACGACGACAUCGUCCGUAGCGUAAAGCUCAUGGCAGCACAAUCCGCCGAUAUGAAGAAGUUCGUGGGAACAAACGCCAAUGCCCAGAGGCUCAUCGCAGCAGUAGCCGACGAAAUCAAGAAGCUCAUCGCAGCCCUAGCCGACGAUAUCCAGAAGCUCAGCGCAGCCCUAGCCGACGAUAUCGCGAAGCUCAUCGCAGCCCUAGUCGAUGAAAUCGCGAAGCUCGUCGCAGCACAAACCGACAAGAUCGCCAAGCACACCAACGCACCCAACCGCGAGGAGACCACCACCACCACCGUGUCCCUCCCGGGCCCAAGCGGCGGCGUCGAGGUGCGCGACGGCGUGGCGACGGCGGACUGCCUCGGCCAGCAGCUCGUGCUGGGGAAACCGCGGAUCAGAGACAGUCGAGACAGAAACCAGGAAGCAACCAGAUAGUGGAGUACCAGAAUGCCUACCGGCACUUGUCGGAUGCCGUAAGAAAUGUCCUGUUCAUGACGCCGGUCGCCACGGAGAUGCGCCUCGGAGAUAUGGCGGACCCCGAGACGCGUCGGUUGGCGUAGGAGCUUAGUCUGGGCAGAGACAGUCUGUGAGGGCGCAACAUGACGAGGCCGUUGUGGUAUUUUUUCUAUUUUUUCUAGGGUUGGGGG